GAGAGCAGCGCAGUAAACAAACAAAGUCGAAAACGUCAGCAAGCAGAGACGACCUCUGACAGCAUCAAAAUGCCAAAGACAACAUUGUCACUGGUGUUGCCCCUCGACAACGAGAAAUGGAAAGCAGAGGACUUGUGUCACUACCUGGAAGACUGUCAAAACACAGUUAAAGACAAAAAGAUCACUGUUGCCAUGUUGAAAAAUCUCACAGAUGCUAAGCAGAGAGAACUAGGCAUGAGUAUCACUGAACAGAGCAAAGAACAAGGCAAGGUGUUCAAUGAUCCCAUCCACGGGCAUGUGGAGUUACACCCACUACUCAUCAAAAUCAUAGACACGCCUCAGUUCCAGAGACUGCGAAACAUCAAGCAGCUUGGAGGGGCCUACUAUGUUUUCCCUGGAGCGUCCCACAACCGCUUUGAACACUCCAUUGGAGUGCGCGUACUUAGGCAGGAGAGUUUGCACAAGCUCUAA